AUGCCAUUCAGUUAUGAUUGUGCAACCACUGCUGGAUUGAUGGUGUGUGUGGAUCGUGUUUAUCGCGUGAGGAAACAGUUAUCCCCUAGUAUAGUAAAGCACAAGGGUAGUUAUAAGGAUAAAAAUGUGAAAGUUAAAUGCAGUUGCGGGUGUAAUGGCAAAUCGAGUGGGAUGAUCGGGGAUGCAAUUGCAGAUGUAUUUCUGCGCAAAAAAUAUUGGUUUGCCGAACUGAACAUAUCACCGAAGGAUGUGCCUAACCAAUUUAUAAUACAAUAUGAUAAAUUAAGUGAAGCUACUAUUAAUCUACUCGACAUUUCUUCCUUGCCUGCAGAUCUGGCCCGUCAAAAAUGGGUAAGGGGUGCUUAUUUGACAGUUGUUAGAGAUAGUAUAGCAACAUUUUGUUACCUAAACAACAUUGGUUACUGGCAAGGUGUGCAUUCUAUUGCCUGUGCGUUAAUCUUUUUAAAGCCUACGCCUACUCUACAAGAACUGUCUAUAUUGUUAGAGAAGAUACUACUAAGAUUUGCACCAAUAAUUGCUCACAACAAAUCUUCCAUCACAAUACAAUGUGCAAAACAAUUGUCUUCAUUGUGGAAUUCACUAUUUCAGUUAUUUCUCCCCAUGACCAGUGCUGUAUUGAAUGAUUUUUGCGCAACAUGGAACAUUGAUAUUUUUUGGACUCUUGGAUUUCACCGUUUCAAUUGUGCGUAUAACUGUCUUUACCAUUGGUAUUUUAUCAUAAAAUGUGGCAACGUACUAUUUACUCCCACACUCGAUCAAAUAAUUGCUCCACAAUCUAAUGAAUUUACUAAUCUCACACAACACAAUGAAACCGGUGACAAUGAAAGUAUUGGUCACAUUUUGUCCUUCCUAUACUUUGAGUUGGCGCAAAAUUUGUUGCGGCAUAAUUAUUGGCAGAAGACAUGUGGACUACAGUCACUUAUAAACAACUUCUCAUUUGACAAGCAAUAUUAUUCAAUUCAAGACAUGAUGGAUCUGCUGAGUUUGUGCAUUCAGCAAGAAUUCUCACAGAAUAACCAACUUUUAUAUCCACCUGAUGUAUUUAUUAACAUGUCAGAUUACCAUUUUGAUAAUAUUUGUCUCGAAGGUACUAAUUUGAGUAAUUACCCCAUGUCAUUACUCGUAAUUCUGGUCAAAUCAUUGUAUUUGCUGACGCCCAAAUUUAUAAUAAAAUGCAUAAAUAAUUUUGUGAAUGACUUGUGCACCCUAAAUGUGCAUAAAAGGGGGCAUGUUGAUAACAAUUUUAGAAUUGAAACGUCACGCACUACUAAAUCAUUGGUAGAUUAUGAUUAUAUGAAAUAUAUUAAACAUUUUCAAGUGGCUAAAAUCGAGUUGACACAAAUCAUCUCUUACAUUCAACCUACAAGCGCAGCAUUUAUUGACAAAAGCGCUAUCAGCAAAACUGUACGAUUUGACAAUUCGAAAGUUUUAAAUAAUGCGCGAUUGAAAAAUGGAACCAAAUCAUCUAUCAACAAAAUGCUAUCUGAUUUGGUGUGCCGUGCUCAGGAUAAAAUUGGUAGUAAUGAUCCUUCAAAUAUGGUUUAUAAGGUCAUGAAGAAUUAUUAUUCAAUUGCGGAUAAGAUUUGUUACCUUAAAUCUGAUACUGUGGUUUGUCCAGAAUUGCCUGCUAACGAUAUUCCUUUUCAUAAUAAUGAAGUUGGGGCUGAUGUUCCACAAGUGCCUUUAUCAGCAAGAGGAGGAAGUGAAGGUGAUAACAAUAACAGACACAUUCCAGUAUUAAGAAAGACAAUGUCUACCAACGAAAUUAUGUAUUCCAAAUCACUUUCCCCUUCUACUCCAAGAACUGGUGUUCCACUCUUCCGACCCAGGGUAAAGCCUAAAAGUGAAGUUGAAUCUGUUAAGCUUGAAAGCUGUAACUGGCCAUUUUUUUACUCCACAGUGUUCGGCAAAUUUCUGUUUAUCGAUCUCACAAAUGAGUUUUUGCUGCCUAAAGAAUUCAAUGGUGGUAAGACAAUCUACUACAGUAAUGAGAGUUUCCACUUUUAUAAUAAACAAAGCAAUAAAUUGGAGCAUAUUACUGAUUUUAAAGAAAUAGUUUCAGAAAUAGUGCCUAUAAGAUCCCCCUUUGGAUAUACACUAAACUCCACCUGUUGGAUAAUCGUCACAAAAUGCAAUCCAGAUUGUAACGAUACUGAUCAUAGCUGUUAUGAUGGUAAAUUAGACACUGUUACUACGUUUAUCCAGCGGGAAUUGAUGUUUUCGGGUGCUUCCUUUAUUUUGCAUUAUCAAGGCGACUAUUUUGCCCUGAGCGAAUAUAUAAACACAUUGGCUGAAACACAUAUAUUAUCUGGAAUGAUGAGUAGGUUUGGGUUACGACACGGUGCCCUGUGGUUUAACAGUCAACCAAUUUUUAGCGCUGAUUCUUGUCGAUUGCGACCAAUUGACUGCACAUUUUACUCUAGUAGAUUAUCCAAUUCUCCAGCUAAAGAUCGUCUGGUUUUCAAGUUUAGCUGUAUAAGCCAUACGGCGGUAGCUAUUAUGAAACGCCUGUUAAAGAAAUACCAGUAUAUAUCAAUGAAUAGAAGGGUUAUAUUAGUAAAAGUUCAAGGUGAACUUACCAGGAAUAUCGAAAUUAUUUUUUGCAAGAUAUUACCAAAAAUAGGAUUAUAUCUAUCGCAUAUAGAGGAAAACGAGUGCCAAAUAACACAAUUAAAUAUCUAUAAUUUUUUUCCAAAAUUCAUGAAACUUACCGAAUUUCGCCUUAAAAAAAUGAAGCUUUUCCAACAACAUUUUAGAAGCGCCGUAAAGUUACUAGUGGAAACACUCAGUAAUUCCACUUUUUAUCACCCGCUAGUGGAUAGAAUUAAAAUAUCAUCACCCACUGGUACAUUUCCAUUGUACAUUGACAUAUUGGAUAAGAAAGGGUUGGUAGUUGAUAGUAUGAACCGGCACUGUUAUUUCACAAGGUUUCUGCUGAUGGAAGUCAGGAAAGAAUCGGAUAAAAUAAGGGAAAAUGUCAUAUACAACACUGGCAACAUCAGUAGAGUGUCUCACAAUCCCAUUGUCAAACGGACUGCCACAAUUAGCCAUACUACCAUGAGGGCCCUCAGAAUGGAGAAUAGGCGGAGCCUUGAUAAAUUUGAUUUCGUUAAAAAUGCGACGCUCAGGGAUGUUCAAAAUGUUAAAAAUGUAGCUCUCAGACGUUGCAACACUUUACUCAUCUCCCAUAUCAGCAUACACGAUAAUAAUAUUAACUAG